CCUGAAUGGAACAGAUUCCUGCUGGGACUGUAUCUGCUGGAAAAAGUCAGCUUUCUCAAUCCAAACAUCUUUGGUCAGCCUGUUGGUCUAAGGAUUGAAAACCAGGGGUUUGGAAGAGAGCUCAGCUAAUUGUGACUCUAGAAAAUUUCAAAUGACAAAUGUGGCUCAUCUUAUGUUUCUGUUGGACGGUGUUGUGUUAGACAAUCAACAAGCCAAUUCUGGGCUAGACACUGCAACAAGCCGGAGGCAAUUUUUAAAAAGGAAAGAUUAAUCCAGACAGCUCACUCUUUACAACCUGGUUGAUGAGACAAGACAUCGGAGAGCCAUUGAUUGACACAACCAGAAGAUUUCUCCAUACUCAAGACCUGAAGCUACAAAAUAAAGGUACAUGCAUGUGUUGCCGGCCAGAUCUUCACUCUGCUUCUGACCAGGCUUCCAGAAAGUAUACUUCAAUGUAUGCUUUUGGACAAUGGUACAGCAUGGUGUUUCACUUUCUCCUCAACCAGACACACGGAGAGAGGCAGAGACAUCGGCAGAGGGAGAAGCAGGCUUCCUGCAGGGAGCCCCAUGCAGGACUCCAAACCAGGACCCUGGGAUUGGGAUCGCUACCAGAGCCAAAGGCAGAUGCUCAACCACUGACCCACCACGUGCUCCGAAAUGACAUUUUAAUUUUAAACUCUAAAGCAUGUCACAGCCUCUGCAGAUGCAUAAGGUUUGGUUGGUUGUGCCCUGCAAAGCUGCAAGAGGUGCCAUUCAUGUGAACAAGGUCGAAAAUGUCCGUUUGGUAGAUCGGCUAUCUUCUAAAAAGGCAGCCCUAGGUACUUUGUAUUUGACGGCUACUCAUGUCAUAUUCGUGGAAAAUGCACCUGACACAAGAAAAGAAACAUGGAUUCUUCACAGUCAGAUUUCCACCAUCGAAAAGCAGGCAACAACCGCUACUGGAUGCCCUCUGCUUAUUCGCUGCAAGAACUUCCAGCUGUUGCAGCUCAUCAUACCACAGGAACGAGACUGCCACGAUGUGUACAUCUCUCUGAUACGCCUUGCAAGGCCAGUGAAAUAUGAGGAGUUAUACUGCUUUUCAUUCAACCCCAAGCUGGAUAAAGAAGAAAGAGAACAGGGCUGGAUGCUGAUCGAUCUCAGUGAAGAGUACAAGCGAAUGGGCCUCCCUAAUAAUUAUUGGCAGCUCAGCGAUGUGAAUAGAGACUACAGAGUUUGUGAUUCUUACCCUACUGAACUGUAUGUUCCCAAAUCGGCCACGGCACACAUCAUAGUGGGGAGUUCCAAAUUCCGGAGCAGACGGCGAUUUCCUGCCCUUUCUUACUACUAUAAAGAUAACCACGCCUCCAUCUGCCGGAGCAGCCAGCCCCUGUCCGGCUUCAGUGCCCGGUGCCUCGAGGAUGAGCAGAUGCUCCAGGCCAUCAGGAAGGCCAAUCCGGGAAGCGACUUCAUUUACGUCGUGGACACUCGGCCUAAACUCAACGCCAUGGCAAAUCGUGCUGCAGGGAAAGGCUAUGAGAAUGAAGACAACUACUCCAAUAUCAAGUUUCAGUUUAUCGGCAUAGAGAACAUCCAUGUCAUGAGGAGCAGUCUGCAAAAAAUGCUGGAAGUGUGUGAGCUUCAGUCUCCCUCCAUGAGUGACUUUCUGUGGGGGCUGGAGAAUUCUGGCUGGUUAAGGCACAUUAAGGCCAUCAUGGAUGCAGGAAUCUUCAUUGCAAAGGCAGUUUCAGAGGAAGGGGCAAGCGUGCUUGUUCACUGUUCAGAUGGCUGGGACAGGACUGCCCAAGUGUGCUCAGUGGCCAGCCUCCUGCUGGACCCGCAUUACCGGACCCUGAAGGGCUUUAUGGUAUUAAUUGAAAAGGACUGGAUUUCCUUUGGUCAUAAAUUUAAUCACAGAUAUGGCAAUCUAGAUGGUGAUCCAAAAGAAAUCUCUCCAGUUAUUGAUCAGUUCAUUGAGUGUGUCUGGCAGUUAAUGGAACAGUUUCCCUGUGCCUUUGAGUUCAAUGAGAGAUUUUUGAUUCACAUUCAACACCAUGUUUAUUCCUGCCAGUUCGGAAACUUCUUAUGUAAUAGCCAAAAGGAGCGACAAGAACUCAAAAUUCAAGAAAGAACAUAUUCUUUAUGGGCUCACCUGUGGAAGAACCGGGCUGACUACAUGAAUCCUCUAUUUAGAGCUGAUCACAGUCAGACCAGGGGGACACUUCGUCUCCCCACAACGCCAUGCAACUUCAUGUACAAGUUUUGGAGUGGGAUGUACAACCGCUUUGAAAAGGGACUGCAGCCCCGACAGUCUGUUACAGAUUACCUUAUGGCAGUGAAAGAGGAGACCCAGCAGCUGGAGGAAGAACUAGAGGCCCUAGAAGAAAGACUGGAAAAAAUUCAAAAAGUCCAGUUAAAUCACACUAAAGUGAAGAGUAAGCCGAGUGAACCCAGCAAACACUCAGGGUUUUCUACCUCAGACAACAGCACAGCCAACACUCCCCAGGAUUACAGUGGAAAUAUGAAGUCAUUUCCAUCCAGGAGUCCUUCACAAGGUGAUGAAGAUUCUGCUCUCAUCCUAACCCAAGACAAUUUGAAAAGCUCAGAUCCAGAUCUCUCAGCCAACAGUGAUCAGGAGUCUGGGGUCGAGGAUUUAAGCUGCCGGUCUCCAAGUGGUGGGGAGUGUGCACCAAGUGAAGACAGUGGCAAGGACCGCGAUUCUGACGAAGCUGUGUUUCUCACUGCCUGAAGUUUCCCUUGUGGAGAUCCAACAUAAAGGACACACAAGAAACACUUUCCAAAAAUAAGGGAGCAGUGCAAUUUAAAAUAAAAAAUAAUUCGAGCAAUGGUACAUGUCCUUGAGAAUUGUAAAAUGUAGCAAUGAAAAGAGAAAAAAAAGCCCAACUCCUAGUUUCCGUAGAUGCUGAAACAGGAAGUAGCCAUUUCUUUUAUCAAACAAAUAUAAAAGAAAAAUUAUUCCCCAUUUUAAAAGUUGUUCUAGACUCUGAAAGUUUUGUUCACUAUGUAGUGUUGACCUCUUCCAUCACCUGAGUUACCGGUACAAAUCUUCCUUGUCAUAGCAUGCAUCUGCUCAAAAAGUGCCCUGACUCCUCCUCCUCCCCUCACACUUGUUAUCCUCAGCCUUUCCUCCUAUUUUACUUCCAGACAGAGAUUUUGUUUUCUAAAAUAUUUGACAUUGCCUUCCCUCGUGACUCUGUUACCAGUAUUUCCAGUAACAGAGUACACUGUGGAAACCUACCCCUUUUGGUUGGCAGAUGUGUCUAAUUGAGGAGCUUUGUGAUUGCUUGAGCUUAUCUUUCAGGUUUAGUGAUCACUUUAACUUUUCCUUAGAUAUAUUUUGAAUCGUUAUUAUCUUGUUUCCUUUUUCUGGAAUCUCAUUUAAAAAAUGCUGAAACUUCUAGAAUUUCCUUUUCUCUAACAUGGGUCUAAUACCUAAUAAAAUAGAAGCAACUCUUUGGUUCUUAACAUCAGAAUUCAGAUAUUAGAUAUAAUAUUUUAAAUUAUAAAUGUUAUAAAGUAUAACAGUUUAAAAUAACUGCCUUUUAUUACUAUUCUAGAGACUUCAUUACCAUGACAGUGUGGGCCAACCACUAGCCUGAUUCUUUUAGUAUAACAAAGUUAGUAAUGUAACAUUUUGAUGAGGAAAAAUACC